GUCUAUUCUCAUUCGCAGUCUGCAGCGGGCACAGCCGGUGCGUUCAAUCCACACGAGCAGUGUACGCCAUGGCUGGUCGCGAAAAGCGUAAGGUGGACUUCAAGAGCUACGCCCGCACGAACCGCAAGGCGCAUACCGAGCUGUACGACGAGCAGGACGCUGUGUUUGAUCUGGAGGGGAUGCCAGCAUGGGAGUACGACGACCACCACACGUACGGCCACCUUCUUAUGGACAGCGUCCGUGAUGUGCGCAAGUACCACGCCAAGGCGUUCCGGCCGCCGGCGGCAACGCACUGCUUGCGGUUCGAGCGGUCUUUUACGCACGGCGAUAAGCACCAGGCUGAGGAUCGCAAGGUGAAGCUCAGAGUGACUGUGUCGCAGCUGGGGCUGAAGGGACCGGAGCUGCACAAGUUUUUGCUGCUGGCGGGCGUGCGGUACAACCCGUCGACGGACGAGCUGGUGAUGUCGGAGGAUCGGGAGACGACGUCGCUGCUGAAUAAGAAGAGGCUGGCAGAGACGGUCAGUGAGCUGGUUGCCGAGGCCAAGAAGAAGGACGACAUGUUUGCAGAUGUGCCCCUGAACUUCCACCACCACAAGAGCCGGCCCCGGCAGAAGUUCCCGGUCGAGUGGCUGCCGAAACAGCCUGCUGCUGCUGCCGGCAAAAAGUAG